CGCUGGUGGGUGAAGCUCGUCUAGAAACAAACCGACGGGGCAGUGGGGUUUUCCUACCAAACCGGAAGUGCCGCGUUUCACUGAAGCGCACGUUGUUUUCUGCACAAUUCAGCGAUUUGCAUUGAGUUGCUGUGAACAGUGAUCGGAAAGAGUGAAAUUAAUCACAAAGGUAUAACCCGUGAGGAGCAGGAAGAGUGGUCGUCCGUCCAUGGAGCGCGUCAUGGGAGGAGGAGCCCUUCCUCUGCUUCUAACAAGCCUGGGAGUCUUGCUGCUUUACCGGGUCCUGGUGCGCCUCAGACGGGGGGCUUCCGUGCGCGGAGCUGUCGUGGUCAUCACAGGGGCCAGUUCCGGGCUCGGAAAAGAGUGUGCACGAGUCUUCCACGCUGCAGGCGCUCGGCUCGUGCUUUGUGGAAGAGAUGCGGCUCGCCUGCAGGAGGUGGUCCAGGAGCUCAACGCAAGCUCCACAGACAUCCAGCAGCAGCAGACCUUCACUCCCAGCACCGUCGUCUUCGACCUGGCCAAAGCGGACACCGUGGAGAAAGCUGCCGAGGAGAUCCUGAAAUGCCACGGGCACGUAGACGUCCUCGUCAAUAACGCAGGGAUCAGCUACCGCGGCAACAUACUGGACACCCACGUGUCCGUUCAGAGAGGCGUCAUGGAAACCAAUUACUUCGGUCCCAUUGCUCUCACUCAAGCGCUGCUGCCCUCCAUGGUCCAGAGACGCAGCGGUCACAUCGUUGUCAUCAGCAGCGUCCAGGGAAAGAUAGCCAUUCCUUACAGAUCUGCUUAUGCAGCAUCUAAGCAUGCCACGCAGGCCUACUUUGACUGCCUGCGGGCAGAGAUCGGCCACUUUGGGAUCCCAGUGACAGUGAUCAGCCCCGGGUACAUCCGGACCAACCUGUCGGUCAACGCUGUGACGGGAGAUGGCUCCAAGUACGGAGUUGUGGAUAAAACCACGGCAUCAGGUUGGGACCCCAGGGACGUUGCGGGAGCCGUUCUAAAGGCCGUCCGUCAGAAAAGCAAGGAUGUGGUUUUGGCUGGACCUCUGCCCACUGUGGCCAUCUACCUGCGCACACUGUGGCCCGCCCUCUUCUUCAGACUCAUGUCGUCUCGGGCUCGCAAAGAGCAGAAGCGUAAAGACGAGUGACCUGCCGCCUAAAGGUGGGGGUGGGGGGGGGGCUUAUGUUUGAGUGAGUGGGACCAGACCCAGACGCUGGACGCCAGAGGCCAAACGGUUAUGAAAUGUGGACAGGCUGUGCUCUUUGGCGACUCUUCCCACCGCUGGACCCGGUUCCAGCUCUGGCAGAAACCAGUGGGUUCUUACACAAUGUGUGAUUCUCGUUAAAUUGUUCUUUAUGUUUCUGGGACAUUCGUUUCAUAACUCAUCUGUAUAUAAAAGGGGACCGCCGUUUAUCUUCAUUUCCUGUUUAAACGAGGCUGUUUUGACAGACUGAUACAUUUUUCAGCCUCAGUAUUUCAACCUUCCCGGCAUCUGGUACAUUUCUCCCGACUUACUAACUUAUUUUGCUCAAGGAACAGUAAGGGGGUUAUUAUAAAGUAAUUACUAAUAGUUUGUUGUGUUGACAACCGUCCUGUAAAGAAAUAAAAUGUGUAAUGUCCAAUUAAAGGAAAAAAAAAGAUG